UGUAGACCAUAUCAACAUGAUGAUGGGGCUACAUCCCACCUACCUGACCUGCUUCCUGCGAACACAGAAUGCUUUGCUCCAGCUGGAUGGCCCUCUGCCUCUGUCAUGGAGACAUUUUAUUAUCAUAUUGGCGUCUGCACGUCACCAGUGCUCGUACCUAGUGCAGCAUCACAGCUCUGCUUUUCUGCUUGCUGGCGGAGAUGAGUCCUGGCUUAAAGGACUUCACUGUACACCACCCAAAAUACAGCACCUGCAGACACUCAACAAACUGCUUGCACACAGACCCUGGAUCAUCACCCAGGAACAUAUACAGGAGUUAGUUUGUCCGGGUGCAGAGGCUCGGUGGUCCCUGGCAGAACUGAUUCAGGCUAUUGUUUUGAUGAGCCAUGCCCACUCUCUAGCCUCAUUUGUUUGGGGUUGUGGUAUUCUCCCAGAGCCCGAGCAGUCAGGAGAUCAGUCGCUCCAACUGAGUUCACCCACAGAGUCCUGUUCUGCCCGAGACAAGAGCAGAAAUCAGCAAGAGUGGUCUGAGGCUGUGAACGAGGUCAAGCUUUUGAUGGAGAAGAUGAUGAUGGUUCAGCAGCAAGGUGAAGAGUUUACACAAGAAGAGAUGGUUACUUGCUUUGAAAGAGAAAGGACUGAGAGUUUGCUGGAACCUGCUGAUGUUCAGUGGUGUGUCCUUCCUGAUUGUCUCUCGCGGUUUGUUGUGGAUGCAGAUUUUACUUACCAGGAUUUUAGUCCUAGAGGAAUGCAGGCCCCCCCAACCAUGAGAGCUCAGGACUAUUCGUGGGAAGAUCACGGUUUCUCUCUUAUGAACAGGCUGUAUGGAGAGAUGGCACAGCUUCUGGAUGAGAAAUUUCAGGUGGUGUGUGCGCUCACGUAUCACACCAUGGCCAUGCACUCACAUGUGGACACCUCCACACUCCGCAAAGCCAUCUGGAACUACAUUCACUGUAUCUACGGCAUCAGGUAUGAUGAUUAUAAUUAUGGGGAUGUCAACCAGCUGUUGGAACGCAGUUUAAAAGUGUACGUUAAGACAGUGGCUUGUCACCCGGAGAAAACCACAACAAGAAUGUACUUCUCUUUUUGGAGGCAGUUCCGCCACUCGGAAAAGGUCCAUGUGAACCUGUUAUUGAUGGAGGCACGACUGCAGGCAGCUUUACUUUAUGCUCUCAGAGCAAUUACACGCUACAUGACCUAAUAUGCGCACAAGAGCUUUAAAACGGGAUGACCUGUAUACACUAUUAUACUCUGAUUGUAGCGUGUGUUGAGACACAAAUUGCACACAAUCACACUUUAAAAGUACAAAGUCUCAAGAGCAAUUUAGUUUCAUUUUCUCUUUUCUUUGCAAUAUUUUAGGCUUAUGUGGGCUGGUUGGUCAGAUGCUACUGGAUCAUGAUUGGAUUUGGGAGACAGCGAAUUCUGCACAUGUCCUAUGAGUAAAUUUACUCGUUGUGGUCUUUCUCUUAUCAUACUGUGAAUGUGUCUUUGCCCUGCUGCAGUAUUCUGUUCUGUGUGUUUGUGCAUUUUGAUGAAUGUUUAUAUUCACUAUGAUAUUGACAAUGUUUAUAUUGACACUAAGAACUCUACAUUGCCUAUUUCUCUCUCAGAUUGAGAGCUGAUUUAAUGUGGGCUAAAAUGGAUGAAAAAGCACAUUUUGUUGUUUUUUGUUGUUGGUGCAUUUUUAUGUAUAAUAAAAUAUUUUACAAUGACAUUACGGUUUUAUUUGUUUGUAUGUAAUGUCCACAAGGCAAAUUCCAAAAAUGCACUUUUGCCACAUGUCCCAUGAUUUUUGUAAGCAUUAAAGGCAUGUUUUUUUUAGCCCCCAAA